UUUUUUUUGGCUGACACUGUAACACUUUUGUUAUACCAAACAGAUAGGGCUGAGAAGGCUAGUUAUUUGUACAAUAAUGAUGGAGAGAAGAGCCAUGCUCCUUCAUUAAAGAACCUUCCACCAAUUAUCCCUCAUGAGACUUUUUUCAGCAAUCCUCAGAAUGAUUACAGUCAAACAAGAUUAAUACCCUUGGAGGGAUGUUGUGCCAGUGAGGCUGCCCAGCUUCUCAAUGACCGUUGGGCUGCAGCAAUGAACUUGUACAAUGAUCAGUCAUAUGAUUCCCCUGAUAAGCCGGUGAUGUACUCUGGAUCUAGUGGAUCAUCAUGGGGUCAUGGUCACAUGAAACUUCCUCAUCAGAUGAACUUCUUUGAGGAGUUGCGCCGUGCCCUAGAUGAGCAACCAGUCACAGGACCGUCUGUCAACACCUGGAACUAAUCAAGCUCAAGCUGCAUUGGAGUGCUAAGAUUUACAAAAAAGCAAUCUAUUGCCAGUUCGCUGUGUGUUGUAUCUUGUACU